AUUUGAAGUUCGGCUUGUUGGAGCUAGCCUGCUAGCUUAGCCGAGCAGCUGACUGUCAAACUUGUUAGUGGCGCUAAGCUAACGUGAGAGCAGUGCUAAUGCUCAUAGCUGCUGUGCUUUGCAGGCGAUAAACAGGCUGAUAAUAGUCUCUGUUGGAACCUAAUGGCUACAAGAAGAGGCUGGUGUCAAGUUCUUGAACUGUUGGUAGUUUUUGGCCAACUCUAUUUAUAUCCCAAGGAGCGUGCACGUGAUGUCACCUAACGCGGAAGUCGCCAGCGUCUUAUAAAAAAAAAACAUUAUACCUUGACACUAUAACAGUUGCCCACGCUGACAGAUAUCAGUAGUUAUUUGAUCAAUUCAAUAUAUAAAUGUCAUGUUGUACGAUGAUGAGGAAUAAGCCAAAACACCAUAAAAUACAUGCAAAAGAAAAAUGCUGCAAAUGUAUGAUUUUUGUUCAUUUCUUCUGCGACUUCAAACCUGAAACGUAUGAAAACCGAGACAUUUUUUUCCAAUAGGAAAUAAUGUAAAUCAACUAAUUUGUUACAGACACCCAAACAUGUGAACAAAAAUGCAUUAUAAAUGAAUCAUUCUAGUUUUACAUGCACAAAACAAGUCAGAAUCAUCAUAAAUGUAAAAUGUAUGCAAUGUAUUGUUGAUGCAGACUUCCCGUACAUCCAGGGCAGAUUGAAUUCACUAGUGUUUCUCACCUUUAUCUAACUGUUUCCGCUUACAUCCUUCUUUGUCCCCAGUGUGGGUUAUUUAGCAUUAGUUAUGUUGUGGCUUCUUUUUGCCUGUCAGCUCGGCUGGGAAAGUUGGAAUGGCUCCACAUGUUUCGAGAUGCGCUUCGACAGAGAUGCUGAGCUCAAGAUGCUGGGAUUAUUGUUAUAAUCAGAUAGAUGGAUUUGGAAUAGUGAUACCAUAUGGUUAGUAUGAUGGCAGAAUAUAACCCUGCUCACACUGAAUCUGAAAUAGGUGUGUCCCAUUAUGCAGCUGUCUCUUAUUAUCUGUUUUUAUAUCUCUAGAACACACAGAAAAGAGAAAGAUGAAUGUGUUCAUGUCUCGCUUAAGGAUUGUGGAUAAUGGGCAAAAAUGAAAAGACAAUUUAUAUCCUAGCAUUUGGGAAUCAUAGACUGUAGCAAAAGACAAGUAUGUGACAAAUAAUGAUGCCAAAAUGUCAUAAAUAAUAUUUGCGUCCUGCAACGGCCUCUGGGCUGAACUUUGGACCCCUCCCCCACUUUGUAACUUUAGCAAUUCCGCGACAUGCUUAAGUCAAAUGUCAGUGAAUUCUUACAAUUGAAACGUGUUACCUUUGCACCUUUCAAACACUGUGUGUGUGCGUGUGUGCGCGCAGGCGCAAAGAUCUCAGACAGCAUCACAAGUUCACACACAGCCCCUCCCUCAUGGCGGAAGCUAAUUGUUGUCAUGCUGGUCCAGGGAUUAUGUGCUGGCGGCGUGGCGGCAUUCAUUCCCGCUGCCCACUGGGCCUUAUCGCCAUCAAUCUGACACAGUGUUUAUCUGACGCUGCAGCCAGAUCUGCUGGCCUAGGAGAAACCUUCACAAAGGCCGUGGGUCAUCAGCAUUUUGAUUGUGGGACCCGGAAUGGCCAUCACGCCCUCCGCCACCCCACCUCGUGAUCCCAGUGAUCCCGUCAGUCCUGUUUCCUCCGUGGUCCCAGAAGCUGAACCUGAAGGCCUGUCACUUUGUUGUUGUCUUCCGUAUCGUGUAUCCUGUUCCCUCGUCGGGUCUGGUGGCGGCCAGGUUCUCCAUGUGGUUUGGUUUGUUGUUCACCUGCUGUGUCCUGGACCUAGCGAGCAGCACAUUACCCGGACUUCACCUCUUCCUCCUCUUCCUGGUUGCCGGUCUGACAGUGGAGAGUGUUUGCCAUCAUGGCCUCUUUUAAACUGGAUUUUCUCCCUGAGAUGAUGGUGGAUCAUUGCACCCUGAAUUCUAGUCCUGUUGGCAAGAAAAUGAACGGGUCUCUGGACCACCCCGACCAACCAGAUGUGGACGCCAUCAAGAUGUUCGUCGGCCAGAUUCCACGUUCCUGGUCCGAGGAGCAGCUCCGCGAACUCUUCGAGCCUUUUGGCGCCGUCUACGAGAUCAACGUUCUGAGGGACCGCAGUCAGAGCCCGCCGCAGAGCAAAGGAUGCUGUUUCAUCACGUACUACACUCGCAAGGCCGCCCUGGAGGCGCAGAACGCUCUUCACAACAUGAAGAUUCUUCCAGGGAUGCACCACCCCAUCCAGAUGAAGCCGGCUGACAGCGAGAAAAACAACGCUGUGGAAGACAGGAAGUUGUUCAUCGGAAUGAUCUCCAAGAAAUGCAACGAGAACGACAUGCGCUUGAUGUUCUCGCCGUACGGGCAGAUCGAGGAGUGUCGGAUUCUGCGAGGCCCCGAUGGACUCAGCCGAGGUUGUGCGUUUGUGACGUUCACAGCCAGACAGAUGGCCCAGUCCGCCAUCAAGUCCAUGCACCAGUCCCAGACCAUGGAGGGCUGCUCCUCGCCCAUCGUGGUCAAGUUUGCCGACACGCAGAAGGACAAGGAGCAGAAGCGCAUGGCGCUGCAGCUGCAGCAGCAGAUGCAGCAACUCAGCGCGGCAUCUAUGUGGGGCAACCUGACCGGCCUGGGCAGCCUGGGGCCUCAGUACCUGGCACUUUACUUGCAGCUGCUGCAGCAGUCCGCCUCCACAGGGAACACGCUCGGCAACCUGCACCCCGUUUCAGGUCUUAAUGCAAUGCAGAACCUGGCUGCCUUGGCGGCAGCGACCGCCACGCAGGCCUCGGCCACCGGCUCCAGUGCCAUGACCACGUCAAGCAGCCCACUAAGUGCUCUCACAAGCUCAGGCUCCUCCCCCACGUCCAGCAGCACCUCAUCAGUCAAUCCCAUCGCCUCUCUGGGAACGCUGCAGUCUCUGGCCGCCAGCACCGGAGCUGGUCUCAACAUGGGCUCUCUAGCAGGCAUGGCGGCUCUGAACGGCAGCCUGGGCUCCGGAGGCUUAUCUAACGGCUCAGGAAGCACCAUGGAGGCGCUGAGCCAGGCAUACUCCGGCAUCCAGCAGUACGCCGCCGCCGCUGCCCUACCCGGGCUCUACAACCAGAGCCUGCUGUCCCAACAGAGCGUGUCGGCCGCAGGAAGCCAGAAGGAAGGUCCAGAAGGUGCCAACUUGUUUAUUUACCACCUCCCUCAAGAGUUUGGAGACCAGGACCUGCUACAAAUGUUCAUGCCCUUCGGGAACGUCAUCUCCGCCAAGGUCUUCAUUGACAAGCAGACCAACCUCAGCAAGUGUUUUGGCUUUGUGAGCUAUGACAACCCGGUGUCAUCCCAGGCGGCCAUCCAGUCCAUGAACGGUUUCCAGAUCGGCAUGAAGCGGCUGAAGGUGCAGCUGAAGCGCUCCAAGAAUGACAGCAAGCCGUACUGAGGGUGGGGUCAUAGUUGGGGGUCGCAGCUUCUCUGGUAAGUGGAGUCAGAAACGUGCAUUGGGGGGGGGGCAACCCCACCCCCGCCCCUCACUGAGACUGGAUUGUUCCCGUGUUCUCUUGUGGUUCCUGCACUUUGUUUCCCUGGAACAAGGACAAACUGCUGUGUUUUCUUGAACUCGUUUGCUGUGCUACCUUUCCAGUUAAGACGUGUUGCACUUUGACAGUUUGGUGCCCUCAUCUUUUUCUUUUCUUCUCAACUUUUGCUUCACUUUCACUUCACGCUCUGCCUGAACCAACGCCUUCUCACACACACGCACAUUUUGUACUUGGUGUUACACUUGCUCACCUGAACGGGGAGCUCCAUCGCAGCCAAAACCACCUCAGCACCGAAUCAAUCCUACUUGAUCUGUUUCUUUAUGAGUCCUAUUGUGUCACACGGUCACUCGUGGUGCUUUGGUCGCCUGUUUUCUACACCUGGCUGUCAUAGUGACCCCCCUGCCCCACUAACUCAAAUGUUUGGAGACAUUUUCACGUCCACAAACGUCCCUCAGCUACUAGCAGCUGACUACACGUCACGUGACUCCACAUCCACCCGCUCCUUGCUUAUACUUUCAACAAUCAUGUUUUUUUCUUGUUUUUUUUUUCUAUAAGUGGGACAUGAGGCAGUGAGAUGUAUAUUCUAUUUUUAUAAAAAGGUUUUAUACUUCUCCUGUGUGCUGGGGAACUAUUUAUUGCCUAAAUUAUUUAUCUGCUGUACUUUGCAAAGACAAAAACGUGUCUGACAACUCAAAUGGAUCUCCUGGUAUGUGUGUGUGUGUGCGUGUGUGUGUGUGUGUGUGUGUGAGACCUCCACGUUUUUUUUCACCCAAGUGUUAUUUUCCCCCAAAUUAAAUAGGAAAUAUUAAUUCAAAUAAAAAGCACCGUCAUCUUGGGACCGUCAUGUCGUAAAUCCCCAAUCCACUAGUCCAAUACUCGGCUUCAUUCCAAGAUGACAGCGCUACUUUGGAAAAGCCACGUAUGACGGUCGUCUUCUUAUUCGUUUGCGUUGACAUUCAUCCUUCAACUCUCCUUGUCACGCUCUGAUUGGAAGUCUGCCGCUUGGGGAGGGGGGGGGACACUAAAAAGCACAAAAAUGGCAGGGAAAAAAAAGGGAGUCAUGUGACCCUCAUUCGCCAUCACGGAUCGGUGCCUUCAUCCUGGCGUCUGUUGUGCGGACGUGCUCACUGUCCACUUUUCACCCCGUCUUGCAUCACCAGGAGGUUUGCUUUUGUCGUUUGCCUUCCGCCGCCAGAUAGACGACUUAUUUUUAUAGAAGCGACUGUUCUAGAGAGCCACAGUCUGUUUUUACGGUGUGGGUUGUUGUGGUUUUUGUGUGUCUUUUACACGGUGUUGUGUUGUGUUUUGAGUGCUGACGUGUGUGUGUCCUAAAUCAGGAAGAAAGGAAACUUUUUGAGCAAAAAGAGUGAUAUUUUUGUUUAACGCCAAUAAAGACUUCUAAUGUGACUGAUGUUAGGCGGAGGACGAUGAACCCACAAUGCCGUUUUUUUUUUUUUGUGGAGAAUCAUUCAGAAGAUCCAUUGGACAGCUCGUUUUGUCACGGUACCUUUAGGAUGCAUGUUUUUAUAUCUGCACUGAGAUUCUUGACAAAAUGUGAUCUAGUUUGUAUUAAGUUUCACAUGACAAAUAAACUGGUGCCAAAUGUUUCGCUCAACCACCACGUUUUCACUCUUUAUUUCAUUCUCUCAUUUAUUUGAUUUGAAUGA